GCGUUUGUUCUGUUUCCUUGGUAGACUGGUUUCCUGAUGUUGUGUUUGUCUUUAAACGUCUCGCAUAAAUCCGACUUCUUCAACUACACUUCCCAUCGACCCUUUUAAUUCACGCGACUCUUGAGUCAUGAGUCCGAAUUAUUGUAUCCGACCAAUGAGACAAGAGGAUACUGUAGCUCCAGUUUGACCUUUAUUGGCUUAUUUCAACCACCCGGUCGCUGUGGCGGCGAUUCCAGCCGCUCUCUCUCUCUCGCUCUCUCACUUAUGUCUCCGUCCCGUCACCCGGCAAGGUUUUUAUUAUUUUUUAUCAACCAGGUGUCAACGGACCGCUGGUGAAAAUGGGAGGUAACGGCAGCACGUCGAGGAAAGUGUCAUUCGGACUGGACGAGAACGAGAAGGUCACAGUAAUUGAAGGGGUGAAGCUCUCAGAGGAUGUGCUCCGGCGGAUGAGGGAGUCUCAGAUGAGGGAGUCUCAGGGGUCUGACGGCGCCAAACCACCACCAAGUCCAAAACCAACAGGACCCUCCACUACAGAAGUCCAGGAGGAAAUCCGCAGAAACUUCGAGCGUCAGCAGGCUCUGGUGCAGGAGCAGUUGGCCAGACUGGCCCAGAAGGAGAGAGAGACGGCAGCACCCAAGGGCCCGGACGAACUGAACCCCGCCCUCCUCAUGGAGAAAGGAAAAGCCCACGAAGAGCAGGAAAGGGCAAAGACACUGGCAAAACAGCUGAGGAGCAAAGAGAAGGAACUAGCCAGCAUAUCCAGCUUCUAUAAAGAGCAGCUGGAAAUACUGGAGAAAAAGAACCUUGACAACUACAAGCAGACGGCAGAGCAGUACAACGAGGCAGCAACUAAAGCGGAGGCCCACAUCCGGUAAAUACUGUGAAUUACUUUGCAACACCAUUUUCUGUGGAAUGAACCGUUCAGUGUACUCAUUACGUUGUUGCUGCUUACUGCCUCAGUAUGCUUUUUACGAGCCUAUCAUAGGCUUAAGCAGUUGAAUGAUUGAAUGUGCCCGUAAGUAACAUAUUAGUGCUAACCGUGCACAUCUAAAUUCAAGGCAGACAUCGUAUGACAAAUUAGGAGAAAAAAAAGCACAGCAAACCUCGGCACAGUGGAGGACAGAGAGAGACCAACCCUGACGAGCAGGAUGUCCACACAAUUAUCACUUCUCGUCUCUCGUGUAAUAUUAUUGUAACACAAUUCUCACAUCAUUGUAUCCGGGCUCACUAGACAAGUUAAAUACUUCUGACAUCCGUCACUGCUCACUUUUAAUACUUGAGAAAAUAUACACUUUUAAAAUGAAUUUUGAUUUAUUGAGUCAAGUAUUUCAAACAAUGGGAUAAACAUAUUUUUAAGUUUUCAUCAUGUGAUUUUGUCAUAACAUGCAUAUUAUAACAAAACGACCUAGAUAUUCAGGCGAUAAGUAUUUAUUUAUAUACUUUCAUCUAUUUCACCUGCUUCUGUUCGGUUGUCUCUUCAAGUAUACCAAUUAUCUUCUCAGAUAAUAGAAGAUAUUAGAUCGAUUUUGACAUGUUUCUUUUUGGCAUCAUUUCUGAGAAUGGCACUAUAAUAGCCUAAUGGAUAAAACAGAGCAUCAACAAUUGCUGCUUAUGUUACUUCUGUUAAGUCUUCUGCUUUCUUUAUCUAUUUUAUGCUCUUUUUUUUAAUUAGACACAGCAAAGAGAACUGAAAUAUACCAGAGUAUCAUUGUCUUGGUCGUUUCAUUGUAUUCUCUCUAGUGCUCGGAGAGACGACUUGAGUUGCGUGAAGCCGAUUCGCUGCUUUGGAAUAUGCGUUCUCUGUUGUAAUGAGCGCAGUAUUUACAUGUAUAUACACACUGUGGUGGCAUGUUGGGUAUCUCUCCCCACUCUCCAAUAUGUAUUAUGAUAUUAACAUCCCCGCCUUUCUUAUUAUUUUCUACAAUGAUGCGUGUCAAUAUUCUCGUGUGUCCUGUCGCCACCAGCAGCUUGGUCAUCAUGGCGAUAGAUUAUGGACGACUUGGCCUUUUUAAAUGGCAGCAGCGCUCCUCUUCAGACUUCACCUGCCUGCUGUCAAAAAGCGUGUCAGAGUCAUUUAUUAGUGAAUUGCCGCCACACUGGCACUGCCGGAGCAUGAGGGCCUUGCCAAUUUACGCCCCUCUUUAACAGCCAUUCUUAGCUCUUUUUAGGAAGGAGAGAGAGCAGAGGAGUCUCUGUGAAUCCAAUUUAGUCAGAAAGCCAUUCAUUUUCCCUCUUGACAAUGAUUAUUGCAAAAAUGAUGAAAGAUGGCUGAUUAAUUCAGAUCUAUCUCUUUUUUCAUGUGAUACUCACAUGCUCAUUCCUCACCUUUUAGUUCCCAUUAACACAUAAAGCCUUUGUUUGGUUUUUUUACCCUACCGCUAACUAUUAAAACCUGAAUUUCAGUUCAAAAACCUGUAAAAGUUGCACAGUUAUUGUAGUUAGCUAUUUCCCCCUCUGCUGCCAGCAGCGUAGUAUGUAUCCAAGUCUAAUGAGAUUCACCAGGAACAUAAAAACACGACAGGAAAGUGAACAAUCUCCCUGCUCAACAGGAAUAAUUUCAUAUUAGGGUUAAUUACAAAGUUUUGCAUUAAUAUUUUAAUAGCAAUAUCUGAAAAGAUAGCAGCACAGAGGCUGAAAUUCAUUCACAACAAACUCUCUGCACACAAGGUGGGAAAUGAAAGAAAGUCAGCAGUAUAGUGUCACUUCACAGUUGUGCAGCAUGAGUUUGUUACUUUGCAUUAUUAGGCUUUGUUAAGGCGCUGUACCUUGAAAAAGCAACAUUCUGUUCCUCACUUAAGUCGCAUGGCAUCCCUCACUUUAUUAUUUAAACUCGCAUAAAAAGGAAGUAUACCAAACAAAGCUGUCCUAGGAGUAAAUGUGUGAAUGUUACUAGUACGUCAGUAUUGUACUGUAGCAGCGCGCAGACUCGUGCUUUCCUGGAAGCAGCCAGAGGAAACAGCAGACGCUUGGUGCUUUUUGCUCGCUUUGCAUUGUAUGAUGGGCAGUGACCUCAUCCCGCCGUCUCCUUCCACCUGGUCCGUUGAAUUUAACAGCAUGCAAUUCAAGUCCCAAAUUUUGUCCAAAUGAUUACAUUCGCUAGGAUUUUGCUAUUGUCCAUCGCUGCAUGGAAGAGGUUAGAAGAUCAGUUCUGCACGAGUUUGCCAAAAGAAGCACAUUUUGUCCUGCCACAAUGUGUCGCUCAUUAUUUUUGCGCACGCACAACACUCCUCUCCCCCUUUUUUCCGUUUUUCUAUCUCUGCCACACACGCAGGCACACUUUGUAUUCAAGCAGCCACGUGCUCGUCAUGUUCUGUCAGCAUUUGGGCAGCGUUUCAUUGUGCCGUGGUCACGCUGUCAUUUCACACUACACUGACCACUCCGUAAUUAUUCUAUUUACCCACUGCUGUUGGGGGGAGAACACAGUCCAACAGACUAUGUCUUUUUCUUCUGUCUUUGUAUUCCUCUCUGUCUCCACUUGUGAAUCUCUCUCUUAUCGUCUCAUUUUCUUAAUUAUACAAUAUUUUUUCGAUCUCACUCACAGUUGUUCUUCCUCUGCCCACGCUUGUAAUUUUGUCUUUUAUUUAUUGUCCUCAGCAUCUUUUACUAGGAGCUUCUAUCCUCUUCUGUCUUCAUAUCUUCUGUAGGUAUGACAAUGAAGAGUAGUGAUUUCAAAGGCAGGUGACUCGUGAUUCUUCCCUCUUCUUCCUCUAGUUUGGUUGAAUUAAUAACAACAGCAGAAUGAUGGGUUCCUAAAUAAGGAGUGAAAAAGUCAGGACUCUAUAAUCCGGUAAUUAUGAAGAGAUAAUUUAAGAGUGAAAUGCUGAAGGAAAGAAAUAGAAUAUGCAUAUUUUAAGGAAUGAAAUGGAAUAGAUUGUUUUGGAGAUCAGACUCAGCCACAGCACAUUAUUCAGUGGUGGGGGAGGGGAUGGGUGGGUUUCUGUAUGCAGUGGUUAA